GGCACCCUUGCUGCUGUUUGGCACGAUAUAACAACGGCCGUCCCAAGGACCUCUAUUCUCUUAUACCGACGUCGCAUUCGGGAAGCCACUCUACACACUCUCCUUGACAAUAACACAGCGCGCUGGUCGACUAACACGCUCCUUUCCAAACCACCCACAGUCGCUCACCCCUCACGACGAAGAAAUACUAAGUCAACGACGAUCAUUAAUUGGUAACACUUUUGGUACUUCUUUCUCUCUGGAUCGAUCAAGCCAUCGCCUCACUCGAACUCUCAACAACAAUAAGAAGAAGCAAGUUCACACGAACGUGUCUUAUAAUGAUUGCCUGGAAAUACGCCUUCUUGGCUUCAGCUGUACUUCGGACCAUCGGUGCUCAUGGCACAGUGAAUGGUAUCAUGGCAGAUGGGGUCUUCUAUGAGGGUUACAGUCCGCAGAUGCAGUUCAAGCAACCCCCGCCACAGGUCGUGGGGUGGUCCAUCCCCCAGGACCUAUCCAACGGCUUCGUCGCCGUCGACAAGUACGCAGACCCGGACAUCAUCUGCCACGUCGGGGCAGAGCCAGCGCCCAUAGCAGCCAAGGUGACGGCGGGCUCGAACCUGACCGUCUUCUGGACCCCCGACUGGCCCGAGUCACACCACGGGCCGAUGAUCGACUACCUGGCCCCUUGCAAUGGCGACUGCGCCGGUGUCAACAAGGCGGACCUGCAGUUCUUCAAGAUUGACGGCGUCGGGCUCGUCGACGGCACCAAGGCGCCCGGGCGGUGGGGCUCGGAUGACAUGCUCGCCAAUAACCGGUCAUGGACCAUGACGAUCCCGGCCGGCAUCGCGGCCGGCCAGUACGUGCUCCGCCACGAGACCAUCGCGCUGCACGAGGCGGGCCGUGAGGGCGGCGCGCAGAACUACCCGCAGUGCGUCAACAUCGACGUCCAGGGCGGCGGGUCCGAGAAACCCCCGGGCGUCAGGGCGACGGAGCUAUACAGGGCCAACGACGAGGGCAUCAAGUUCAACAUCUACAAGGACAACCUCGAGUACUCCGUCCCCGGGCCGCCGGUGGUGGGCGGGCAGCCGCCGCAGAAUCCUACGCGCCGGCGGAGGAGGGUAGCCGUUGUCUACUGA